AUGGGACCCCCCCGUGCACCACCAGCCACGCCCCAAGAAACCUUCGAGGUAGACGCAACAGCAGCAUGGCAAGCGCACCAAAGAUCCACCCAAGACCGACCACCACCCCGUGCAUCCUCUCGGCCCAGGGACCAAGUCUCACGAAUGCCUUCUAGUAUCGACAGGGGUAAGGAGAAGGGGAGAGGACGGUCUUCUUCGAGGCCGAGGGAUCAGUAUUCACAGAUGGCAUCGAGGGUAGAUUGGAAUCAAAACUCCGUCCUUCCCUCACAGAUCGAUAAACAUAAACCCCCUUCUUCUUCGCGAGCAGGGAGUCAAAACCUACAAUCCGUGCCUCACCACUCCCACACUCGAGGUGGGCAGUCCUCUCAUCUGCCUCUACUAAUCGACCGAUACGCCUCCUCCGCGCGAAAACAAACAUCCAAUCUGCCUACGCAAAUCGACAGUAAAGGGAAAAGUCCUUCCACAGAACGGUAUGGAGAAUCGAUACUCCCACGGGUUGAUACCUCACAUUCUCACUCUUCGUCUUCACGUUUACCAUCUCAUCUCGAUCGUUCCAAGAUCGCCACGAACUCUGCUUGGAAAUCACAGUACGAUAUCAAGAUGGCGUCACGACAGACUCAUUACCAGACUCUUGCGCCCAAGGAGAAGAAAGAACAAGACCAAUGGGCCCAGAAAAAGCUACAAGACGGAAGCGCAGGCUUCUGCCCCAUGGGCUUCGACUGGAAACGCGUCGAAGGCGGGUACCGGUGCAUCCCACCCAUGAUGGUGCACCGAGGAGGCGGCUGGCAUCUCGUGACCGACGAGUUGCUCGCCGAGGGCGGAGGGAGGUUCUAUCAUCUGAGCACCGACAAAAAUGAUCCGGAUGAUAUGGGGACGGAGUGGUUGGGUCCGUUUACGAGCUUGGAGGAUUAUCUGGAGAAGGUGAAGGGGGUGAUUACGAAGGAUGGGUUUGCGUGGCGGUGGGCGGAGAAUAUGGGUGGGAAUAGUACGACCCAGAUGGGUGGGUCUUCGGCUGAUCCUGGUUCUAUGGGAGGUGCGCUUCCUGGGAUGCCGUUUAGGAGAGGCUUGGGAGAUGGUGGGCUUGGUGGACAUCCUUUUGGAGGAAGUGGAUUCCCUGGAGGGAUGGGUGAUGGUGGUGGAAGAAUGGGAAUGGGAGGCUUUGGAGGAAGCCGAUUUCCUGGAGGGGGAUUUGGUGGUAGCAGGUUUGGGGGAGGGAGAAUUUAG